ACAGCACAGUCUGAUGAUGAAGUGCAAUUUCGGGUGAUCAAGACCAACGAAAGUGAGGUAGAUAGCAAGGGGAGGCCGUUGAAGAACACUAACCGUGUACGCAAUUCGAAGUAUACCAAGUGGACAUUUCUACCCAAGAAUCUUAUGGAGCAAUUCAGACGACCCAUGAACCAGUACUUCCUGCUGAUAUCUUGUCUACAGCUGAUUCGAGCUAUUACCCCCGUGAAUCCUUUGUCGUCAUGGUUACCACUCAUAUUCAUCGUACUGAUCUCGGCCGUGAAAGAGCUCCUGGACGAUAUCAAGCGACACAAAUUCGAUAACGAAGUAAACAACCGCGUAUACUCAGUCACCAAGAACGGAGUCACCGCCGAGGUCCGGUCCAAAGACAUUGGACUGGGGGACAUGGUGUAUCUAGAGAGUGAAGACCAAUGUCCCUGCGAUCUGGUGCUGCUGUCCUCGAGCGAUCCAAAAGGGUGCGCAUUUGUACAGACUUCCAAUCUGGAUGGUGAAAUCGACCUAAAACUGAAACGAGCGCCCAAAGAGACCCAGGCGCUCAACAUAGCCGAACUUACAGGACUUAAGGUU